AUGGCCUCGAUGGAGGAAGACGACGACCGCGAUCUUGCAGGAUCGCAAGACGGAAGUUCGGACAAUGAAAUGGAAGACACACUCAGGGAUGCCGACGAUGGUGGGAACGAUAACGAUGCCGAUGCCGACCAAGACGCGGAUCAAGACCCAGACAGCCCGUCAAACGCCAGCCAUGUAUCCGAGAGCGCAGGGGUGGCCGCGCAACCCAUUCCCGACGUGGAGAUGAGCAAUGCCGGUCCGACAAAUAUCUCCUCCGAUCCGAUAUCUUUGCUCCAUCCCAGCGUGCGCGCCGAAUGCCUAACUGCCUCCACGUACGACAUCGUGCCUACGACGGCCGCGCCCCAUAGCACUUCAAUCAAUGCCGUCACUGCCACGGCGGACAUGAGAUGGGUGUUUAGCGGAGGAUCGGAUGGAUAUGUGCGGAAGUUCAACUGGGUUGACUCGAUCAACAGCAAAUUGAUGCUGACUGUGGCGCAAAGACAUCCGUUCGUGGACAGCGUGAUAAAGGCGGGAGUGCUGAUGACAUAUUGGGAGAACAUGGACGGGAAUAGUCUUUCGCCAGUAUAUUCAUUGGCAAGUCAAAGUGAAGGCCUGUGGUUGCUGUCCGGUCUGGAGUCGGGCGCUAUCCGGCUACAGUCUGUGCGCCACGACGAGGGCAAGGAAAUUGCGCUGCUGCAACAGCACACCUCGGCGGUCUCGGUGUUAAAUUUGACCUCCGAUGAGCAAUCGCUGCUGUCUGGAAGCUGGGACAAGCGGGUAUUCGAUUGGGAUCUAAACACCGGGCAAACAAGGCGCGCGUUCGGAUCCAGUGCCGGACAGAUCUCUUCCCUGGAUAUACGGCCGGAAUCCAGUCUCCCGGUCCCUAAAGAAACGUCGGACGAUUCGCAACCCAACGGAACCUUUUCAUCCAAUAACCAAGCCAGCGAUAGCAACGCCUUCAACUUCGGUGACAAUUCCAACGACCAAGGCGAGCCGGGAGACUCGACCAACCAGCCGGCUGGCUCACCAGCAGACUCAUUGUUUGGCGGAGCGGAUUCAUUGUUCGGUGAUGGAGACGGCGCUGGCGGAGAAGGCGCAGAUACAUCGGGAAAUGCCUUUGGGAUUGAUGAGGAUGAUGAGUUUGGCAAAGCUCUCGCGAACGGUGUUCUUCCUGACGCAGAUGCGCCAGGUGAAACCGACACGACAGGUCAGCCGAACGGCGUCGCUGAACCGUCUGUGAAUCCUACAAACACUGGCAACGCAAACGUAGGCAGCACGAAUGCGACCAACCAACCCUCGGAGUCUCAGGGCACCGAUCUUCCCAAUGGCACAUCACAGCGUGUUGUUAACGGGUUACCUCACGCCGAUGACCUAGAACACCCCCCGCAAACCCAAGACUCCUCACAACCAACCCAAGCGGACUCCAAUAUCGGGCCCGAUAAUAUCUUCCUAGCUGCCUCGAUCGACGGUACUAUUCGCAUCUGGGACCGACGACAACCGGAUCCCAUUUCGCGCAUCAUCUCUCGCAACUCUCCGCCCUGGUGCAUGAAUGCAUGCUGGUCUCCCGAUGGCAACUACAUCUACGCAGGUCGUCGAAACGGAACCGUCGAGGAAUUCAGUCUUCACAAGGGCUUCCGGGAUCCCGAGCGGAUCUUCAAAUUCCCUCAGGGGAGCGGGCCGGUCACCGCACUGCGAGCCAUGCCGAAUGGACGACACAUUAUGUGUGCAUCCCACGACAUCCUUCGAUUAUACGAUCUCAAACACGAACAAGUCGCCCGCCACUCGACCGUCCCCUUCCUCAUCAUCCCCGGCCACCGCACAGGAACCGUCUCGCAGCUCUACGUCGACCAAGCCUGUCGUUUCAUGGUCUCAACGAGCGGCAACCGAGGCUGGGAGGGCAACACCACCGAAGUCCUCCUGGGGUACGAGAUCGGCGUCCCACGGUAG